UAUGGAGAAUCUGUUGAGGCUUAUCAGGAACUCGAAAAAGAAACAAACGAAAUUCUGAAAGAAUUGGCGAGUUAUGAGAAAGAGAAUAUUAACUUGGGAGAAAGGAAGAAGCAUGCAAUAUCUAAACGGAAGAAAAUGAUGGAAGCAAUUUCUACAGAUAGACAUAACUUUUCAGAGGCAAAAACUGCGAUAAAAUUUAAUGAACAGGAUUUGGUAGACCAAAUGGAAGUAAUGACGCGCUUAGAAAGAUCUCUAGGAGCCCAAGAAAUUGAACUUGAAGCAAUCCGAGAAAGUUUAAAAGGCAAGACGGAAGUUUAUUCAAUCCAAAUUGAAGAGAAACAGAGAGAACUUUCACCUUGGUCAGAGAAAAUCAAUGCAAAGCAAUCUGCUAUUGAUGUUGCUCAAUCGGAGUAUAAUUUUUUAAAAGAGAAGAUUGACUCGACAAGAAAAGAUCUUGAACAAGCAGAAGAAACUAUCGCUUCGCUUCAAGAAACGCAUCGAACUAAGGAACAAGAAAUCUUAUCCAGCAAAAAUCGAAUUAAUGCAACAAAGCGAGAAAUUCAACAAAUUGAUACUAAGUUAAAGAAUUACCAUCGACACCAAGAAAAUCUUAGGUCUAAUCUUGCAGAUGCUCGACAGAGAAAGGACGAAGCGAAAGGACUUUUGCAGUCUUUCCAAUCUAGAGAUAUAAUUCUUAACAGUUUGAUGAAACUUAAAAAUAGUGGGCGCAUAAAUGGAUUGCAUGACCGCUUAGGUAGCCUUGGCGUCAUAGACGAUAAAUACGAUGUCGCGAUUUCAACUGCAUGCCCUGCAUUGAACGAUAUUGUAGUUGAUACCGUUGAAGUGGGACAAACUUGUAUAGAUUAUCUUAGAAAAAAUACUUUAGGUCGCGCGAAAUUCAUUCUUCUGGAUAAGCUACCCGUCAUGAAUAUGCAUCCGAUACCAACACCAGAUAAUGUUCCUCGUCUUUUUGAUCUUGUUAGGCCGAAAGAAGAUAGAUUUGCGCCGGCAUUUUAUAGUGUAUUACAAAAUACCUUAGUGGCCGAAAAUCUACAACAAGCAAAUAAGAUCGCGUUUGGUAAAACUCGAUGGCGUGUGGUAACUUUAAAUGGUCAAUUGAUUGACAAAUCUGGUACUAUGAGUGGCGGGGGUGGCAAAGUGAUUAAAGGUGCUAUGAAUUCAAAGUUUUCUUCCGACGUAACACCUGAAACAGUAGAAAAGUUGGAACAAGAACGUAAUCAUUUAGAAGAACAAUGGAAAAAAUUUAAUGAAGAAUUUAGAUCUCUAGAAUCUCAACUUCAAGAAAAAAAGAAUGAACUUCCUAGUUUGGAACUUGAGCUAUCGAAAUUGGAGAUGGAUUCUAAUACUUGUGUGAAGCGUAUUUCCGAUACUGAGAAAAGAAUAUCUGAUUUACGGUAUGUUUUCAAGAUUGAUUUAAUUAAUUAUUGAUAAUAAUUUAUUUUUCUUUUCCAUUAAGGCAACAAAAUAAGCCGAAUGUAGAAGAUGUCAGGCGUAUGGAACAACUUCGAACGCAGAUAGACUCCCUAACGCAAGAACUGGAGAGAUUGAAAAGACAAUCUUCUAAAAUAGAAGAGGAGAUUAAGAGUUUGCAAGAUAAAAUUUUAGAAGUUGGAGGAGAUAGGCUUCGAGCUCAAAAGUCUAAAGUAGAUCAAAUUAAGGAGCAAAUAGUUAUAACAAAUGAACGGAUUACAAAAUCACAAGUUGCGAAAUCGAAAGCGGAAA